AUCUACAUACAAAAUUUUGAGUGCAAGAUUAGAUUAGAGUGUUCAUAGACUGGCCAAUUGUUUUAUCUUGGUUGGUGUACAGAAAAUGCCAGUUUUAGCUUGACUCAAGGCUGGUGUGUAAUGUAGCCUCUGGAUGUGUGUGUUGAUUAACCAAGUAGAGCAGCUUCGGGAACACUGUGGGUGAUUAGAUUGAUUUGUGGCCAGGCUCAGAGACAAGAGAGCUGCUGAAGAAAUGCAUGGAAGUAGCAGCAAUAUGGGACGAUGCAACUCAUAACCACACAGAGAGGGAUAAAAACAAACUGGAAGUUGGUGUUGGCUUUGGCUAUCCAUGGCUGAUCCCAUGGUAGCAUUGGCCACUGGUCUAGCUGCUGUACUUCUCUUUCUUUUACUGAUUGGCCUGACAGCAUAUCUCUUAUGGAAGAAGAGACAGGACCAGAGACGGGACACACAACUGAUCAGCACUAACCCAUUUAUUCUGCCAUGCACACCUGUGUUCCAAACAUCACAAGGUAGCAGCUAUGGCUUGGGUGAAGUUCCCUUCUUUCUGCCUCCGAGUUUCAAGAGUUCAUCCCAUUCAGCAGUGCCUGAAGGGAGGGAGGAAGAGGAGCAAUGGGAACAGCACCCACAUCUGCAUACCCAGCGUGGCUCUCUAACAAUAGGCAGCUGGUUCCCUCUGGGCAGCCUGAGGCCAGACCUGUACCAGCUUCCCGAAGAGCCAAGUGAGUGGGCACAGCCCAGUGGGUCCACUGUACGCCUGUGUUUUGCUGUGCAGUAUCAGCAGGAACAAGAGCAGCUGGUGGUCUCCCUGCUCCAAGCUGCCAACCUGCCGGCCCAAUGCCAAAGCAAUGCCACACUGGUCAAACUACAGCUCUUGCCAUCUGAAGACCGACACCUUCGUCAGGCCAAGGCCCGGUCCAAAGGCAUCCAACCACAAUUCAAUGACACCUUUGUGUUUCAGGUGUCUAAUAACAAUGUGGACCAGUUCACUCUGCGCAUGAGUUUGUACAGUGUGGACAGACUGAAGAAGCACCACCUGGUGGGCCAUGUUCUGUUCCCUCUCAGACACUCUGAACUGCGAGAGGCGGCGGGCAAAAUCCUGUGGAGAGACCUUGAGACUGAGAGUGAUCUGCCCCUUUCAAAACACGGCAAUAUCCAAGUGUCUCUGAACUACAGCCAGUCUCUACAGCGCCUCACUGUGGUUGUGCUUAGAGCCCAAGGACUUCAAUGUCCCAGCAAUGCUGAUGUCUCUGUCCAGGUUUCUCUGCAGAUACACACUCAGGUAGUGAAAACAAAGCGGACACCAGUAACCAGAGGCAGUAAUCCAACUUUUAAUGAGAAGCUGACAUUCAGGCUUCUCCCUCUGCAGCUAGAUGCAGCCUGUCUGAGCCUGGAAGUUCAGCAGUUACCGCCUGAAGAGCCUGCUGAAGUGCCAAGCACCAGGACCAAGGCACCAAUAUCACUUGGACUCGUGGUCAUUGGGCCGUUUAUGUAUGCCAGAGGUAGGGAGCUGGAGCAUUGGAAUGAGAUGAUCAGUAAAUCACAGGAGCUGGUCAAGCAGUGGCAUGGACUGGGAGCAGCUAACAAUACUCAUAGACCAACCUGA